AUUUUAUAUAUGCAAUAAUCUCAAUACUAGAUCUGUGUGUUAGGAAGUGCCAAUUCUGAUCAUUUCCUUGAAGUUGAAGACUUUCCUAAAGAAGGAGAGACUAUCGCUUCUAAGGUACUUCAUUGCCCAAUCUUAUUAGAAAUCCUAUUUAAAAAAUGGAGGCAAGGGGGCUAAUCAAGCAGUUGCAUCGGCUCUGCUUAAAUCCAAGAUCAUCUUUGCAGGUCAAAUUGGAAAGGAUGAGCUUGGCUAAUUGUUAGUCAAAGAAAUGACUUUGGCAGGAGUAGAUUUAACUGCCCUCAGAAAAGUGGACGAAUAAACUGGAUAGGCCAUAAUUCUGUUAAAUAAGAAGGGAGAAAACCUUAUAAUCAUAGUUGCAGGAGCUAAUGGAUAUUAUGAGACCUUGGAUGUCUUACCACAAGAAUACCAAUAAGCUAUUGAAGCAUCAGAUUUAUUGUAAUUACAAAUGGAAGUACCACAGUCCAUCAACAUCUUGGCUGCCAAAUAUGUAACUAGUAUACUAAUAAAUAGAUGAGCUAAAAUGAUAAGAUUACAGUGUUGGAUUGUGGAGGCAAAGCAGAGAAAUUAAAGAGUGAUUUCCUUGAGAAUUUGACAAUUGUGAGUCCUAAUGAAACAGAAUUGGAACGUAUCUUAGGGGAAGAUCUUAAUAUGAAUGCAGAUUCAAAUGUAGAAGAGUAAGAAUCAGUCUAUAUUCCAUAGGUUUCUUAGCAAAACCAUACAUGACAAGGUGUUCACUCGUUAUCCAGAUUUAAUUGUUCUAUUGAAGUUAGGUUCGAAUGGAAGCAUGCUUGUGACUAAAGAAUACAGCGUAAGAUGUCAAACAGUGACACAAUUAAGUAGAUAUUAUUACAAUUACAUUUUAGACCCAAACAUUUUAGAAGAAUACAAAAUCGUUGAUACAGUGGGAGCUGGUGAUUGUUUCACUUCUGCAUUUACUGUCUCAUUUUACAAUUCCUUAAUUGAGUAUGGACCAGCCAGAAUUUCAAGUAAUGAUCAAUCAAUAUUCUCGUAGCUCUAAGAAAAAUAGAUGUUGAGACACAAAAGAAAUUGUUCUACAAGGCCAUGCAUUUUGGAAGUGCUUCUGCAUUCUUGUGCAUUACUAAACAUGGUGCCAUGCCAUCAAUGCCAAAGUUUGAGACAGUCGACAAUUUCAUCAAGAAGUAUUUCCCAUGAAAU